UGUGCAGCGCAACAUCCUGAAGACGCGACAGAAGUCACGUGACGUUCGAUCAGCUGACAUCAUUGACGCUGAGGAAGACGACUGACAGCAUUAUGAUCAAAUUUCUCGAAAAACUACCAUCUGAAGAAUGUCCUAAACUCAUACACAGGGUGGUGGAUGGGGUGUGCGGCCGAAGUGGUCCGAGGCGAACAGAUUACGGUGAACGGUGGAGUCUGACAGAAUGGGUGGAGUUAAUGAACACUCUCUCCUCUUUUAUCCGCUUUGCUGUAGGAAGGGGCUGUUCAGAUCAAGAGAUCAAGGAGCUGCUGAGUGAUUUGGACACGGCACAUGCUGAGGCUGUUCUCCAGGGUGUGCGCUCCAGGUUUGAUGAGAUCAGACAUGCUUUGGUGGACAGAACCAAUGGCAUCUCAAGCACACAGCUUCAGGACUUCAACUGGCAGUUAAAGCUGGCAUUAUCCAGCGACAAGCUGUCAGCUUUAAACACUCCUCUGCUAAAUCUCAGUCUGGACCUGAAGGAGAAUGGAAUUCAGAGAACGGUGAAUAUAGAAAUGAACAAAGAGGAGCUGCAAACUCUCAUCAGUGCACUAGAGGCUGCUAAUAAGGUUGUGUUGCAGAUGAAAUGAAGAUACCAGCGAAAGACUGUUCUGUGCCAUCAUACUUUUCAUUACGAGACAAUUGCCUGCAUGUGGGCAAACGGAAACCUUACGGACAGAACUGAGAACCUGUCAGUGUCUCUCCUGAGGUGUUCAUGAAGGACUGAAUAUUAUUGUUCAAGCUCCAUCAGUAUGGACCACAGUUGACUUGAAGUUGCCUAAGUAAUGGUGGCAGGGUCGUUUUGAGGCUGAGUAUUUUGCACUAUGAAAAGCUAAAUGCCUGCCACAGAUCUUGCUUUCAGUUCUCCAUGAAAUGCAAAUGCAUUUUGAUUUCACACCCCAAAAGGUUGCCUUUCUAAAUAAAGUAACUAAAAACAUUGAAUGUCAACACUUGAGUGUUGAGUUGUAUCUUUUUUGCCAAUGCAAGACAACACUAUGACUAAUAGGCAGAAAAAAGGCAGAAACCCCCAGACUUUUUGACGCGAUCAUGUGACACCACUCACUUGUAAUCCUGAUUAAUAGGUUUGGUGUGCACAUGUUGAAGUGGAUUAAAUCAAGUAAGUUGUAUGAAUGGAAUUUU